AUGAGAGUGCAGCACGAGGAGCCGCAAGCGGCAACGAUCGUCGGCGUGGGGCUCGCAAUGACAUCUGUCUGCCUCUUCUCGUCAUUUCUAAGUCACGCAACUUUGGUCAGCAACAUAUUCAUGGAGGCCACAACCGCUCGCGACAUGGCUCGCUCUACGACCGUUGAGUCUGGUGUCUGCAUUGUCAACGGGAAGUUAGAAGCGCUUAUUGGUAUUAUAUUGUGGGACAUCGGCGCCAAAGUCUACCUUGCGUCGCUUUUCUUGGAGCCCCUCUGCAACUGGUUCUUUCUCCGACGUUCUGCACCGAACUUGACGGUCCGCCGGACUGCAAUACGAUUCCUGGUCGGACUCGCCUGCCUCCUCGCUGCCGCGAUUGUAAACGCUUCCGUCCUCUCCACGAUUCACGGCGAGCCCAUGUGGAUCUGUAUGUUGAGCUGCACUAGUGACAUCCUCUUCGCAUCAGUUGUGAUCCACUGGAUAACCCUACACGAUCAGACCGAGGUGACACCGCCACCGCUUGUCAUAUCCAACGUAGAAUACGCCGUCGACAACAGCCACCCGAGUGCGAGAUCCCGCAGAAACACCAUGUCCGCAAAGUCACCACCCGAAUGGCUACGACCCAACCACCUGCAAGCGCAAGCAAGCGGCCAAUCCUUGAUAGGAAUGCUGAGCGACGAUGACGACAAGGAGCUGCGAUUCGCCCACCACCGCAGCCUGCUGGAGAUCGAGAGGCGCUCUAGCAAGGGAUGCCCCUCGGGUGCAGGCCGGGCCGUGGGAGUACGCGGAUCAACUUCCAGGUCAGCAGCAGAGGACGCCAUCGACUGCGAGAAGGCGGAAGCGAUGGUCGCAGCAUGGAACGCCAUGUCGGAGAGCAGCGGGUCCAGCUCGAGGGCAGCGGAGCGUGGCGGCCAUGUGGACAAGGGCAAGCGACCAGCAAUAGCCGCUAACGGGCUUGAGUGA